GCUCAACAUGCAGGCAAAAGGUUGGUCACCUGACAAGCAACAACUGGAUGUAUUUGUUCAAUCAGUCAGACCUUUAGUCAAACUGCAGUGAACGACGAGGGACGACGUUUCUCUUCGUGCAACAUCAUGGAUUUCUCCAGCACGUUGUUGUUAUUUGGGAUAGUUUUCGCCUUAUUGUGGCUGUUAAGCCUGAAGAACCGCAGACGGUGGAGUUUGCCUCCAGGACCUCCUGGUCUGCCUUUAAUAGGAAACUUACUGCAGCUGGACAAACGAGCUCCCUUCACAAGUCUGCUAAAGCUCAGUGAGACCUAUGGGCCGGUGAUGACGGUGUACCUGGGCCCUCAGCGUGCCGUGUUUCUGGUGGGGUAUGAAGCUGUGAAGGAGGCGCUGGUGGACAGAGCAGAGGACUUCACUGGCAGAGGACCUGUUCCUUUCCUAAUCAGGGCCACCAAAGGCUAUGGUUUGGUGGUCAGUAAUGGAGAACGUUGGCGACAGUUACGACGGUUCACGUUGUCAACUCUGAGAGACUUUGGGAUGGGACGGAAGGGCAUGGAGGAGUGGAUCCAGGAGGAGAGCCAACACCUGGUGAACCGAAUUAAUAGUACCAAUGCUGCACCUUUUGAUCCGACCUUCUUCCUGAGCUGCUCGGUGUCCAACGUGAUCUGCAGCCUGGUGUUUGGACAACGUUUCAGCUACGACGACAAAGACUUCCUGGACCUUCUGCAUAUAAUCUCAGACACCCUGAAAUUUGGCAGCAGUCCCUUGGGUCAGCUGUAUAAUAUCUUCCCUCGGCUGAUGGAACGGCUGCCUGGUCGACAGCACAAAGUAAUCGCCAACAUUGAAAAGCUGAGAGAGUUUACGAUGACAAAGAUCCAGGAGCACCAGGACACUUUGGACAUCAGCUCACCUAGAGAUUACAUUGACUGCUUCCUCACUAGACUCAGUCAGGAAAAGGACAUUCCCACAACUGAGUUCCAUCACAACAACUUGGUCUCUACAGUGUUGAAUCUGUACCUGGCAGGAACUGAAACCACCAGUUCAACCAUCAGAUAUGCACUAAACUUACUGAUCAAAUACCCCAAAAUACAAGAAACUAUGCAGCAGGAGAUUGACACUGUGGUUGGACGUAAUCGUUGCCCUUAUAUGGAAGACAGGAAGUCCCUCCCCUUUACAGAUGCUGUCAUCCAUGAAAUUCAGCGCUGUAUGGACAUCAUCCCUCUGGGUGUCCCUCGCUAUGCUGUCCAAGACAUCUCUUUCAGGGGUUACACACUUCCCAAGGGUACGUUAAUUUUCCCCAUGCUGCACUCUGUGCUGAAAGAGGAAAAACAGUGGGCCACCCCCUGGACAUUUAAUCCUCAACACUUUUUGGACCAGAAUGGCAACUUCAAGAAAAAUCCUGCCUUCCUGCCAUUCUCUGCAGGAAAGAGAUCUUGUGCUGGAGAGUCCCUCGCUCGCAUGGAGAUUUUCCUCUUCAUGGUGUCACUUGUGCAGAAUUUCACCUUUUCCUGCUCUGAAGGACCUGACAGUAUUGACCUCAGUGCAGAGUACAGCAGCUUCGCCAACCUGCCUCGCCAAUACAUGAUCAUUGCAACUCCCAGGUGCUAAACAUGCCUUAAUUGAAGGAAAGCUUUUUCAACCACUUAUCUGGCAUAAAUCCUUCAAAUCGAGGAUCAUUUUAUACCAAGGAGCUUGAGUAAUGUUAUUAGUAUUCUCAUUUACACUGUGACAUUCUGGUUAUACAUAUUCUGUGUCGACUUCUUUAGAUGAGUAGAGUACACUGCACUUCCUGUCUAGAGACUGAAAUAUUACAAUCUAAGCUUACAUCUAUGGUUUUGUGGUUACAUUAAAAUGGAGAAUUAUGAACAUCUCACUUAUGUUUUGAACAGCAUAAACCACAAUGAGUAAACAAAGAUCUUUAUGGUUAAAGCAAGGCUCUUCCUUCACAUGUCACAAUGGGUUUUCUCUUUUUUUUAGGGUUUAGUGACGCCCUCAGAAUACACAGUGCACUAUUAAAAGUGUACUUGCUAUGCUGUGACUAUUCCAAUAUCAUCUCAGAGAGCAGAUUUAGUCUGAUUUUGUAAUGUAUGUACAAUUUAUCUAAACCGCCUGACUUUUUAGCCGAUACCUAAAUGCUAGAAUUGUGGCUUAUUGUGUAGGUAUAUUUACACUCAUCAAACAGGACUGUGUUGAAAAGUAAUGUGACGUGUCGUAGGUAUCUGUACUUUUAUGCAUGAAUCACACAAUAAAAACAAUUGUACUUUA